AUGUCUGCCAACAAUGACAAGAAGAUUCGCCCAUUUGGAACAGGCUGGAAGGAACAAGGGAAAAAGCAAGCCGGCGCCUACGGAAACUCUGCCCUCCAACGCAAUGAGUCUAACCGUUCUUUGGAAUGGGAAAACGUGUUCUAUGAUGCAACUGGCGGUCGUCGCAACUCUAAUCGAUCGGUACAGAAUUCUUCAACGUCGAAUGGAAAUAAAUCGAGGAGCCAACACGAUGCGGCCAACCGCACCUUCGGCCACGAGCAAGAAUAUUACGAUGCUCCGAUAAAGUUCAGUCAUCCGUCAAACAGAUCCUUCUGUGCUAACGAAGCGCCGUAUUUCCAUCCGACUGGCAAUGGUUACAACAAAGUGCAACGUGCGCGUGUCACAAGUAAUACAAGCACCAAUAGUGGGACGUGUCGUGAUGAACUGAGUGGAAGUCUUGGUGGUGGUCGAACAACGAAAAGUUCCAGGAUCAACUCUGCAACGUCGAAUGGGAACUUGAUGUUCCACGGCUAUUCAGGCGACCAACAUGAAUACUCGAAGGCCAGCGGAGAGCCAAUCCAUUCGACAUAUGUCAAUCGAAAUGGUGGAAAUCGUACGAAAAGUGACUCCAGCAGCUAUCCAGCUCCCGAUGUCAACUACAUUAAGAAUUUCGUUUCCCAAAACGCAGUCAAAUCCAUCGGUUCCUAUCAAAAACAGAAAGCAGUGAAUGAAAGUGCGGGCGAGCACCGAGGACGUGACAACCAGCGCAGAAGCCGCAACGCCAGCGCUCGGUCUGCUGUUGGAGCUGGUAACAAGACUUUUAAUGGAUAUGAGCUCCAGCUCGACAAAUCCUUCUUGGAGACGGAUUCUAUGAUGUGUGAUGAGGUGUUUGACGACAACACCACGUUGGACACCACUGGAAGACAAGAUCGUCUGAAUUACUGCACUCGUUCAAGUCAUGACCGCUCCAGUUCUUGCCGCACCAACAAGUCUUUCCUAUCGUUGGACGGCUCACACAAGAAGGACUACAUUCUUCUCACGCAUCGCCCAGCCAGAAAAUCGGAUGAUUUGCACUGCGCCCGUCCACCACUCCCACGCGGUGACGAGAAAGUCGAUUCGAAUAAAACAUUCUCUGCAAUUCGAUAUGGAAGCUCUCAAGCCAAUGUCACCAUCAAAGGAGGUACCCGUAAAGAGGACAUCAUCCCAUUAAAAUUCCGUCCGGGUGGAGUUAUCCCUCAGAAGAACGAAGGUCGUCAGUCCCAACUGAAACCAAGAUUUGGACACAAGUCGUUUGAUAAGCAUAAGAACUAUCAUGUCAACGGACUCGACACGGCUCGUUGCGCACAAGUUUUGGUUUCCAAGUUCAAUAUUUCUGGCGGGUGCUCCACUUCAAAUGAUGAACUGAAAAGUACAUCCGUCACAAAGCAAAUCAACUCCGUUGCUAUGCAAACAGCAGACGGAAAUCAGAUAAGUGGACACCAACAAGAAGGAUCUGGAGAUCCAGGGGAUGUGAUCGGUUAUGAGAAUACUGCAAAUGCCACUGGUGACGGAAAGGUCAAGCGUACCGCUUCUCGAGUCGAACAAGUGAUUAGUGGAUACAUUCAAACUCAAGACGACAGUCAAGACAACGCCAGUCGCCUCUACAAUCCAACUGCUCUCAAGCUGAACCAAACAUUUGGUGGUUUUGACUCCUCGUUUUCGGUUUUUACAAAAACGAAAGAGCAAGAUCUUGAUAUUAGCCACGACAAAGAAAAUUCUCUGACUGAAGUCAAAGGAGAUUAUGAUUUGGAAAAAGAUCUGCAGAGGACUGUCAACGCCGAGUUGACCGGUGGAUGUGUUAUGGAAGCUCCGACGAAUCGCACCCUAGAAAUUGGCAAUAAGAACACUGCCAUUGUCGUUUCGUCAAAUCCAUGGACGCAUUUCCGAAAAAUGAAAGUUUUUGCUUGUGACGUUUUCCCAAUUGAUGGAACUGCUGGAAUUUAUAUUUGCACUGGUGGAUCAGUUCUGGAAAUGCCCCCUUAUGUGGUCGUGGCGGAAAACUAUAUUAUGUUUUACGGAAAGGAUGAGGAGCAACAGAAGAUGCCUCCAAAGUUCGAGUUCGAACUCGUUCCUCUUGUCGAACCUCACGAUAAUCGGAUUGUAGCGGGUGUAUACAAUUUCCUUCCUGCAGAUCACUACGUCUAUCCAUCAGUGAUGGAACUCAUUGAGCUGGGAAGCUCUUACAGCUCGAGAGAUCUUAUGGACUACGAAGCUGAUCGUCUCAACAAGGCCUCAACUUCUACGGCUUCUGAUCCAACCAAUAAUGAAUAG